AUGUCUCCCGCCUUAAAAUGGCCCCAACUCCAGAGACUUGGACGGCCCUUCUGCAGGGUCCCACAAGACUACGGCUUGUCUGUCACCCUGUCUCUCCUCCUGCUGCUCCUUCUGCCACUGAGGACUCACCAGAUGUCCCUAUGGCGCUUCCAUGUCCAUGGGACAUGGCAAGCUAAAGGUAGGACCCACACCCGAGUCCUGGGCACGGGAGACUGCCAACCAGAUGGGUGCCAGGCCUUGGUAACAGUCCAGAUCCCCAUCUCUAACACAGAAGGUGUUCCCCUGGGAUGGUCCACCUCUGCUGUCUGCUUCACUUACGAUCAGACCCGAGACUACUGUCAAUGGUGGAAUGAGACCUAUGGGGGGUGCCCCUAUCACUCAUGUAACAUCUAUGUGGCAAAACUAGAUACCAGGAGCUCGCUCCGACAAUCCCACCUGCUCACCACAAAUGGCAAGGGUCAAUUAUUCAUCAACAUCAAAGAUCCCUGGGACACAAGAUGGGUAAAAGGGGUACAAGGAAAAAUCUACCGAUGGGCAACUGAUGCCUACCCCGUGGGCUCUAUCAGGGUCUUUCGCUCAUAUAUCAGUUUGAUUCCCAAAGUUAUCCAACAGUUGAGCGAACAAGCCACUGCCAUCCAGGAAACAGAACAAGCCCUAAGACACCAACUACCUCACCCCGAACACAAAGAGGAUCCUUUUUCUUGGUUGACCCUCGUCUGUCAAGCAGUACAGAUACUCAACCACACAGGAAUAGGUAACAUCUCCGACUGCUUUCUAUGUGCCUCGCUUGGCCGGCCACCCUUGGCUGCUGUCCCACUCGACCAGCCCUUCAAUUCUACUUCCCACACCUCCCAAAACCCACCUUUUUCCCCGUUAAAAGUCCCCAUAUUCCUUGAUUCAAAAAAUCUCAUCAUCUGUUACGGCAGCCGCCCAAAUCUAGCUGAUACUGGGUUUCUUUGCAACUCAUCCCUCACGGUAAACACAUCAGUUGAAGCACCACCAGGCAUGUUUUUGUGGUGCAAUGGUUCCCUCACAAAAGAGAUCAAUUCUUCCUCCCCCUUCCCAUGUAUCCCCGUUACUCUCGUCCCACAACUCACACUAUAUAGCCAAGCCGAAUUUUCCUCGCUAAUCACGCCACCCUUUACCCGACGAAAAAGAGCUAUUUUUCUUCCUCUGGUCGCAGGCAUCUCUCUCGCCUCCUCCCUGGUCGCUGCAGGCAUUGGGGGAGGAGCCCUAAUACACAGUGUCUCAACAUCCCCUGACCUAGAACAGAAACUCCAGCUAGCCAUCGAGGCUUCUGCCGCCUCCAUCACCUCCCUCCAGCGCUGGAUCACCUCAGUAGCCCAAGUUGCCCUCCAAAAUCGACGAGCCCUGGAUCUCCUGACGGCCGACAAAGGAGGUACCUGCCUCUUCCUACAGGAGGAAUGCUGCUAUUACAUCAAUGAAACAGGACUCGUCGAAGACAACGUAAAAGCCCUCCAUCGCUUAAGAGAAGAACUCCAACGCAAACACCAACAGUCCGCCUCCCCAAUUCCCGAUUGGUGGCGGUCCACCCUCUAUACCUGGCUAACACCAGUCUUAGGCCCCUUAAUUCUCAUCUGUAUCUUGCUCACGUUUGCUCCCUGUUUUCUUAGGUUCCUUCGCAGGCGCAUGGAGGAAGUCUCUCGGGUGGCCACAAACCAAAUGCUCCUCGGUCCUUACACCUUGCUUCCUACAGAACCCCCCAUUGGUCUCCCCUAA